AUGAAUAUCGCGCCUAUCGAACUUACCGGGUCACCAUGCGGAGGUUCUCAUAUUCAGGAAGACGGCUUUGGUUCCAACACCUCUAUUCUUCCGAACCUAUUGCCUCUUUCCGAGGACGCACGUGUCGCUGUCACCGGUGAACAUGAAAUGACAUUCUGCAAGGGAUGCCGUCUCUACCCCAAAGCCAUUGCGUGGUCUGGACUACUGUCAAUGGCGAUCGUCCUCGAAGCUUAUGGAAUCAUCUUGAUCAACGGGUUCCUUGCUUUUCCGGUCUUCAGGCGGUCUUUUGGUACACUGUCGGGUCGACAAGGCUAUGAGAUCUCGGCUGCGUGGCAGGCCGGACUUAUUAACGCAGCUUAUGCCGGUGAGAUUUUAGGUCUAGCAUUUAACGGUCCCCUGGCAGAUAGAUUUGGCUAUAAACUCGUUAUGAUUGGAUGCCUAAUCGUCUUAUCGUUAUUGUCGCUGUUGACAUUUCUGGCGACCAAUAUUUGGAUGCUAGUGGCUGGCUACUUUCUCUGUGGGUUGCCGUGGGGGGCUAUCCAGACAUUAAGCGUAACUUAUGCGGCUGAAGUCAUGCCAGUUACCUUACGAGCAUAUCUCACAUCUAACAUUAACAACUGUUGGCUUUUCGGUCAGCUUUUGGGUGCUAGUGUGAUGCGGAUAUUAAUCAAUGAGCAAUCCCCAUGGUCUUAUCGGAUCCCGUUGGCUCUGCAGUGGGUAUUCGUGGUUCCGAUACUGGCAGGGAUGAUAUUUGCACCUGAAAGUCCCUGGUGGCUUGUGCGCCAUGGAAGAAGCAUGCAAGCGGAAAAUGCCCUUCUCCGGCUCGUUUCGGUCGAACGUGACGAUAAUGUCCGCGUCCGGAACAUAUUGGCUAUGUUACGCCACACGUAUGAGGCCGAAAGUCACCUCAGUGGUGGCGGAAUUGCCUGUAUGACCUGGAUAACGCAGUCACUCUGCGGUUCGGCCUUGACGGGGUACGCUGUGUAUUUCUACGAGCAGGCAGGUUUGUCUAUCGUCAACUCCGUUACUGUUGGAAUAGGGGUAUUCGGUGCGGCAAUAAUCGGAGGAAUGCUCUCCUGGGUUUGGCUGCGCAUACUUGGUAGACGCACUAUCUAUCUAUACGGACUACUUCUCCUGUUCAUCGUGCUGAUGAUUACUGGCGGAGUGGGUACAAUGGUGGAAGACCAGUCGACAUCUUGGGCCCUCGGUUCACUAAUCAUCCUGCUCACGUUUAUUUAUGACACGACGAUUGGCCCUACCUGCUACGUAUUAGUUGUCGAAACCCCAUCCUCUCACCUGAGGAUCAAGACUGUUGUCCUUGCUCGGAUUGCAUAUAGCAUAUCCAGCCUUGUUGUUAACGUCGUCACAACGCGCAUGCUGAACCCCACCGCCUGGCACUGGGGAGGCAGGAGUUCCUUCUUAUUCGCCGGCACCACCAUUUGUUGUUUUGUCUGGGCCUUCUUCCGCCUUCCCGAGCCGAAAGGACUCACAUUCUUGGAGCUCGAUAUUCUGUUCAGCAGAAAGGCAUCAGCGCGCAAAUUUCGCGAAUUCCGACUGCGCCUUGAAGACGCUGGCUAUUUCAGUCUUUCUCGGAUGGGUGACCAGCGUGACAACACUUGGGACCCUCAUCGAUCAUGA